UUGUUGAUUUUGUAGGUAAACAGUAUGGAUCUAUAUAUAUACAUUUUGUAUGCAUACACAUUUAUUAUCAUUUAUUAUUAAAUUUCAGGGAACUGGUAUCUUUUCUGUUGUAUUUUAUGAUGAUGUAUAACUUUAUUUUAGAUGAGAUUGCUUAAUCUUUUAUAAGUAGCAUGAAGUAAGCAAUGGAAUAUACAGGUAGCAGUUACAGUGGUGACUAUAAAAAUGGAAGACUGGAAGGGAAAGGAAAUUACCAAUUUCCAACUUCAGUUGGAACCAAAUAUGUUGGUGACAUGAAGGAUGGAAAAUUUCAUGGUGAAGGUACACUGUACUUUACAAAUGGAAGUAAAUAUAAGGGACAGUGGAAAGAUGGACUAUGUGUUGAAGGUCAGUAUGUAUUCGCUGAUGGACUUACAUUUGAUGAUGCAGAGUGGAAGUAUUGCGACGGUUACGAUCGACGAUUUUACACUGAAAUUUGUGAAGGCCUAAAACCAGCCGGUCAGUCCCAAUUAACAAAUAUUGUGCCACCCAGAGAAAUACCAAAGAGAUGUUAUGAUUGUGGUGAUGGGUUUUACGAUCCUCAGACUCAUAUUGUGUCUGAUUACAACAACAAGUUUUUAAGAAAUGCUGAUGACGAUGAGCAUGAGUGGAUUGUCAAACACUGCAGAAGAGGCUGGGACGAGCGCGUGGGUUAUAUUAAAGACUUCCAUACGAAAAAAUGGUAACGACAAUCGCGUGUAUACUUAAAUUUGUAUAUUUUUCUAAUUUAUCUGAGUUAAAUAUAAAAUAGUAUUUUUGAA